GAAGACAGAGGAAGGAACUGUAGCUUGCACCCUCAGAAUAUAGCCUGGUUAUAGAAACGUGACUUAAUCCUGUAAAAAGUUACAUAGCACAAAAGGUAAUUCAAGGUAAGAGAUUUUUGCAAGAUGGAAGUGCAGCUUGUGGCCACAUGGGCAGCAUGUGUGAUAAGCGCCUUGGGAGAAAAAGGUCGGGAAUGUCACUGUGGGUUGGAGUUCUGGGAAGAGGAGGCAUCUGAAUUGGCUCUUGUUUGGGUAAGUUGAGAAAAGCCGAGAAGGCGUGCAGGGCCAUGGUGUAAGAGCCUGCAGGUCAGACAUACGAGAGACAUUCAACGAACAGUGACUAGAACAGCUCAAUUCCAAUGGAGGGGUCGGAAAGGUUAAUCCUUGCAGGCGAAGCCAACAAAGCCGUCGAAAUCAAAAUAUGAAGGUGUUAAGCGUCCUCAGAUUUAUCUUCUAGACACUGAGGAAUCAUGGAAAGUUUUUGGACAGAGGAGUGUCAUGCUUAGGAAUGUUCUAGGAAGAUCAUCUGGUGGCUGAAUAGGGGCAAAUUAGAGGAACAGAGAGGGCUCAGGUCACCCAGAUGCCUGCACUUGCCUUCCUCUGCCAGAGAGUGGUAAGUGCUUUAACUACAGAAGGGGCAGCUAGAACAGAAACAGACCGAUGCCAAAGACAUUUUGAAGGAAGGAGAAAUGAGACCCCGCACCUUCUUGUCCACAGAGGCAGAGAAGAGUCAUCAAAGGUAAAUCCACACCUGGAUUUGAAACCAAGUAACGAGACGACUCUGUUAUGAAUGGUCGUGAGGACAUUACCACGGAGGGUGAAAAGGCCAGGGUGUUCGGGGGACAUAAGGGCUUCAUCUCUGGACGAUCCUCUUGGAUGUUGUAGCAGGAGUCACGAGGGCGUGCUUGGCCUGUGAUGAACACGAAAGGGUUGCCUGUGUAGAUAUGACGGUUUAAAUCCCAAGAGACCAGAGUCCCAAUACUGGAAAUGCCCACAUACCAAAGGAGGAAGAGGAACCAGCCAGCCCGUAGUGUGCAAUCAGAUACAGGAUGGGGAGGUUACAGAUUCACAGAGCGCAGAUAAGAGCAUCAAGGAGGAAGUCGUGGUCAGCAGUAUCAGAUGCUCCUCGGAGGUCAAGGAGAAUAGGGGCUGAAAGAAAGGCCGUGGAACGAGGCACUUAUGAAGUCAUUUGCCUUUAAGAUGCAGUCCUGCAGUGCGUGGACGUGUGCGGGCGGUGGAUUAAGGAGUGAGCCUUGAAGCAGAGGCAUGUAGACCGCUGAGUAUAGGGAAGAGGGAAAGGAUUACUUCUCCUGCCUUCCAGGUUGGAGUUUCCUUGUGCACCUCCGAAGGCAGAACAAAAAGACUGUCCUUGGAUUCUUUUGGCAAAACUUAAUUAUUAAGCGCCUCCGAAGGAUUUGGAUCCAGUUAACGGGGAGAAAUGGAAAGCCAAAAGGGAGUGAACGAGAGGGGGCAUGGAGUUCAAGAGACAGUGGGAGAGCUUGAAUCGUGAGAAGAGGGGGAGCUUCUUAGUGUUGGCAGGGAGACACCUCUUCCUCUGAGCCCCGAAGGAUGGAGGAGACAGUGGAGAAGGGAGGUAAAUUCAGGGAUGUUUUGACAUGAAGAGGGUGAAGGCGGAAAGCCAGGCUGCUGGUCUCGGGCUUCUGGACAAGGUGCAAGGUAUGGCCUCACAUGUGCAAGUUUUCUCCCCUCACACCCUCCAAUCAAGUGCCUUCUGUAGCGUGAAGAAGCUGAAAGUAGAGCCGAGUUCCACCUGGGACAUGACCGGGUACGGCUCGCACAGCAAGGUGUAUGGCCAGAGCAAGAACGCGCCGCCUUCGCAGCCAGCCGCCGCCGCCACCGUCAGCGCCUCCCUGCCCAUCCCGAACCCAGGCCUACCUUACGAGCAGACCAUCAUCUUCCCAGGGAGCGCCGGGCACAUCGUCGUCACGUCCGCCAGCAGCACGUCUGUCACUGGGCAAGUCCUCGGUGGCCCGCACAACCUCAUGCGUCGCAGCACUGUGAGCCUUCUCGACACCUACCAAAAAUGCGGACUCAAGCGGAAGAGUGAGGAGAUUGAGAACACGAGCAGCGUGCAGAUCAUCGAAGAGCACCCACCCAUGAUUCAGAACACCGCGAGUGGGGCCACUGUCGCCACUGCCACCACCUCGACUGCCACCUCCAAAAACAGUGGCUCCAACAGCGAGGGGGACUACCAGCUGGUCCAGCAUGAGGUGCUGUGCUCCAUGACCAACACGUACGAAGUUCUGGAGUUCCUGGGCCGGGGGACGUUUGGGCAAGUGGUCAAGUGCUGGAAGCGGGGCACCAAUGAGAUCGUGGCCAUCAAGAUCCUGAAGAACCACCCGUCCUACGCCCGCCAAGGUCAGAUCGAGGUGAGCAUCCUGGCGCGCCUGAGCACGGAGAGCGCCGACGACUACAACUUCGUCCGCGCCUACGAGUGCUUCCAGCACAAGAACCACACGUGCUUGGUCUUCGAGAUGCUGGAGCAGAACCUCUAUGACUUUCUGAAGCAGAACAAGUUCAGCCCCUUGCCCCUCAAAUACAUUCGCCCAGUCCUCCAGCAGGUGGCCACGGCCCUGAUGAAACUAAAAAGCCUCGGUCUUAUCCACGCCGACCUCAAACCGGAGAACAUCAUGCUGGUCGAUCCCUCUAGACAGCCGUACCGAGUCAAGGUCAUCGACUUUGGGUCAGCCAGUCACGUGUCCAAGGCUGUGUGCUCCACCUACUUGCAGUCCAGGUAUUACAGGGCCCCUGAGAUCAUCCUUGGUUUACCAUUUUGUGAGGCAAUUGAUAUGUGGUCCCUGGGCUGUGUCAUAGCGGAGCUGUUCCUGGGCUGGCCGCUGUAUCCAGGGGCUUCAGAGUACGAUCAGAUUCGGUAUAUUUCACAAACACAGGGUUUGCCAGCAGAAUAUUUAUUAAGCGCAGGGACAAAGACAACUCGGUUUUUCAACCGUGACACCGACUCGCCCUAUCCUUUGUGGCGGCUGAAGACACCAGAUGACCAUGAAGCAGAGACGGGGAUUAAGUCAAAAGAAGCAAGGAAGUACAUUUUCAACUGUUUAGAUGAUAUGGCCCAGGUGAACAUGACCACCGACUUGGAAGGGAGUGACAUGUUGGUGGAAAAGGCGGACCGGCGGGAGUUCAUCGACCUGUUGAAGAAGAUGCUGACCAUAGAUGCCGACAAGAGAAUCACGCCCAUUGAGACCCUGAACCACCCCUUCGUCACCAUGACGCACUUACUCGAUUUUCCCCACAGCACACACGUCAAGUCGUGUUUCCAGAACAUGGAGAUCUGCAAGCGCCGGGUGAACAUGUAUGACACGGUGAACCAGAGCAAAACCCCUUUCAUCACGCACGUGGCCCCCAGCACCUCCACCAACCUGACCAUGACCUUCAACAACCAGCUGAACACUGUCCACAACCAGGCUCCCACCUCCACCAGUGCCACUCUUUCCUUAGCCAAUCCCGAAGUCUCCAUACUAAACUACCCAUCUGCACUCUACCAGCCCUCAGCGGCGUCCAUGGCUGCAGUGGCCCAGCGGAGCCUGCCCCUGCAGACGGGAACCGCCCAGAUCUGCGCCCGGCCUGACCCCUUCCAGCAAGCGCUCAUCGUGUGUCCGCCCGGCUUCCAAGGACUGCAGGCCUCCCCCUCUAAGCAUGCUGGCUACUCUGUGCGAAUGGAAAAUGCAGUUCCCAUCGUCACUCAAGCCCCAGGAGCUCAGCCUCUUCAGAUCCAACCCGGCCUGCUUGCCCAGCAGGCCUGGCCAAGCGGGACCCAGCAGAUCCUGCUCCCCCCGGCGUGGCAGCAGCUGACGGGAGUGGCCACCCACACGUCGGUGCAGCACGCCGCCGUGAUUCCCGAGACCAUGGCAGGCACCCAGCAGUUGGCCGACUGGAGGAACACACACGCUCACGGCAGCCAUUACAAUCCCAUCAUGCAGCAGCCUGCCCUGCUGACCGGUCAUGUGACCCUUCCAGCAGCUCAACCCUUAAAUGUGGGCGUGGCCCACGUGAUGCGGCAGCAACCAACCAGCACCACCUCCUCCCGGAAGAGUAAGCAGCACCAGUCCUCUGCGAGAAACAUCUCCACCUGUGAGGUGUCCUCCUCUCAGGCCAUCAGCUCCCCUCAGCGGUCCAAGCGCGUCAAGGAGAACACGCCUCCGCGCUGCGCCCUGGUGCACAGCAGCCCGGCCUGCAGCUCCUCCGUCACCUGCGGCUGGGGCGACGGGGCCUCCAGCACCACCAGGGAGCGGCAGCGGCAGACGAUUGUCAUCCCCGACACCCCCAGCCCCACUGUCAGCGUCAUCACCAUCAGCAGUGACACGGACGAGGAGGAGGAGCAGAAGCACGCCCCCACCAGCACUGUCUCCAAGCAGAGAAAAAACGUCAUCAGCUGUGUCACGGUCCACGACUCUCCCUACUCCGACUCCUCCAGCAACACCAGCCCCUACUCCGUGCAGCACCGCACCGGGCACAACGCUACCACCUUUGAUACCAAGGGGAGCCUGGAGACACACUGCACUGGGAACCCCCGGACCAUCAUUGUGCCCCCUCUGAAGACCCAGGCCAGUGAAGUGUUGGUGGAGUGUGAGAGCCUGGGGCCAGUCAACACCAGUCACCACUCGUCCUCCUACAAGUCCAAGUCCUCCAGCAACGUGACCUCCACCAGCGGUCACUCUUCAGGGAGCUCGUCGGGAGCCGUCGCCUACCGGCAGCAGCGGCCGGGGCCACACUUCCAGCAGCAGCAGCCUCUCAACCUCAGCCAGGCUCAGCAGCACAUCACCGCAGACCGCGCCGGGAGCCACCGACGGCAGCAGGCCUACGUCACUCCCACGAUGGCCCAGGCCCCAUACUCCUUCCCGCACAACAGCCCCAGCCACGGCGCUGUGCACCCGCACCUGGCCGCUGCCCACCUCCCCACCCAGCCCCACCUCUACACCUACACGGCACCCGCGGCCCUGGGCUCCACCGGCACCGUGGCCCACCUGGUGGCUUCCCAAGGCUCCGCGCGUCACACCGUGCAGCACACUGCCUACCCAGCCAGCAUCGUCCACCAGGUCCCCGUGAGCAUGGGCCCCCGGGUCCUGCCCUCGCCCACCAUCCACCCGAGUCAGUAUCCAGCCCAGUUUGCCCACCAGACCUACAUCAGCGCCUCUCCAGCCUCCACCGUCUACACUGGAUACCCACUGAGCCCCGCCAAGGUCAACCAGUACCCUUACAUCUAAACACUGGAGGGGGGAUGGCCGCAGGGGAGGAGGGAGAGGAGGAGGGACCGAGGGGGGAGCUGGUCCUUCUAUACUGAAGACGCCGCACAUGAACAAUGCAAACGGGCCGGGCUGGGCAGGGGGCAGGGGGCAGGGACGGGACGCAAACGAAACUUGAACUAGGAAGUGGGAGGACUGAGCGUGGAGAAGAGAACAUUUUAAGAAGGAAGGGAUUUAAGGAGGGGGGGAAAUCUAUGCUUUUUAUUUUAAAAAAGAAAAAAAAAGAAAACGUCAGUACAAAAAAAAAAAAAAAACACCACAGCUCACGAACCCAUUGUGCACCAAACUGGAAAGGAGAAGAAUAGAGCGACGGAAGAUUCCAGAAGUGAGGGGGGUGGCCUCAGCUUUUGAAGAACUUGAUGAACUUCUCAAAGAUUAUUUUCACAUGGCAGCAAGUGACGCUUACGAAUUUGCUGUCAGGGACACCUGAUAUGGAAAUCCAAUAGAUUUUUAAUGCGUGAACGUAAGAAUUAGGGAUUUUUCCAGAACUCUUUAAAGGGUCAGCAGCCGUCUGGAAAGGUCCAGCCAUGGCCUGAGGAGGCAUAUUCGGGGGCUGGCCUGGGGUUGGCGAAGCCCGGUUCUGGCUCACCUGCCAGGACGGACUGGGGGGGUGGCGGCGGUGGCGGCCGGGGGGAGGAGGACCGGAGAGGGUCCAGUGUUUCCAUUUCAGUCUCUUUCUGAGCAUUCUGGAUAAAUCCCUAAAGCAGUGAUAUUCCGCCAAUGUCAUUAAUAGUGUGUGUUGCAAACUCCAAGGUCGGUUUUCUUCUCCGAAGAUUUCUUUUCUCUUCCACUCCGUCCCUCGUCCCGUUAGCGCAGGGUCGAGGCCUCGGCCGAGCCCUCGGAGAUGUAGCAGCCUGCACCCGUGUGUCGUCCUUUGUGUUCACCCCCGACGAUACCAAUAGACUUUGCCUCAGUGCAAUUGCACAACAAGAACGUGAUCUGACGUGGGCGUGUGCGCACGUGGCGCGCCCUCCUGCCCCGGCCCGGCCGCCAGCUCUCGCUGUCUUGGUUUCACAUCUGUCCCUCCUAGUGCCUUACCGACCGUCGGACGCGGCGUGAGGGUUUACUUCCGCGGUCCUCCGCGAAGCCGGCCGAGGCGAGCCCCGCCACCUCAGCCCUUCUUCUGUGCUGUUGUACCAUUUUCCUCUGGUCUGGCCUUUCCUUCUUUUGGUUUGGUUUGGUUUUGGCUUUUUAAGUUUCUCUUUUAUCUGAACCCCCGUUGUCUUUCCCGGGCUGUUUGCUAGCAGAGGGGUGUCGGGAAGCUGGCAGGGGCCAGGAGGAGCCCCGGGAUCUGGAGAGAGAGGUGGGGGGCCCUGACGGUGGUAAUGGCUUUAGAUGACCUCGGAGACGCCGCAGGAGAGACUCCCCACGCGGCACCCCCACCCCAUUCUGCCACAGGGGCCCAGCCCUGCCAUGUGCGGGCCUAGAGGGCCCAUCUCUGUUUCAGGAACGUUGGCCUUGCCAGGCAGCUGCCUCCUUCCUCAUGCAGAAGGGGCAGAGGACAGGAGCCCGCCUUCCGACUCCAGGCCCAGGGCUCCCUUCCCGUGGCUGCCUGCAGGGUGGUGAGGGGGCCUGGGGCCCAGCCCCACGUUCUCAGACGCACCUCUGCUUCGCUCUCUCAGCGCUGCCUGCCUCCCUCUCACCUCUGGUUCCACCGGCUGUGCUUUGCUCUCACGGUUUUGCCAGAUCCUUCCCUCUCUGGACAACCAGGAACCGGUGUUUGCUGCUGAAUGUGUCCUCCAGUUCCCCGGGCCUGCCAAGGCCCACUUCGGCUCUUGGUUUCCGGGGGCCUGAUGAGCAAAAGGCUGGAAGGACACUUAGGAGGGUGACGGGCAGUCAACGUUUUCCAAGGAUAUGUGCCCUUUGUCCUCUUUGCACCUUCAAUACAUUCUGGAAAUGUCAGACUUUGCACACUGGUGGGGGUGGGGUGGAGAGGGCUCUACCUACAGCAAAUUAUUCCUGAACACAUGCACGUCGGGAGGCUCCAUCUGGUCAGAGAUAGGAUGUUCAAAGUGUGGUCCUAGUGGUUUUUUUGUUUUUUGCUGCCGAGUCCUUAACUGACCCCAAAGCCAAGUUUCCAAGGUGCAAAGAGAUCACUCCCGUUUCAGUCUGCGGCCCCCACUUUCCCUCCUCCCUGUACAGGCCCCCUCAAGGAUCUACUGUGAAAGGUGUUUUGUACCACGAUGUCUGACCUAACUCAGUAACGAAACCCAGCCCUUACCUUAGCUCUUAGCUGUGAAAUAUGAAGUAACUCUGGAAAUGUCCCCUCUCCUCCCGUAAAUUCUGCUUCGCCUACACAGCAAUCGGUCCCCAGCUUGAAACCAGCUUAGGCCGGAAGGAAGGAAGGACACCACCACCCACUCGGGAGGGGCACCCCCGGGCCGAGCCCGUGGUACCCAGCGGGUGGACAAGGUGCUCCGCUCGCCUCGGGGGAGCAGGGGCCGAGACCCAUACCAGAUCAUCCAGGCGCGAGGACGUGCUGUCAUUCUGAGACAACAGGAAAGCGGCCCCUCCGAGCGAGGGGCGGGGGGAGAAAAGUCUUUGAAGGAUGCGCUAGACAGGGCCUUCCCAGAGCCAGCCCGCCGGGGGGCUCAUCUCUGUUCUGGACUUUGGGCAUCCAGAGGGCAGCAGUGCCCCGUCGGAUCUCCCCUCGCCCGGUGACCCGGGUACAGACGUCUCCGCUGCCCACGAGCCAGCAUUUUUGCCUUAUUGGGUAGCAUCCUGAGCCCCCCUGUGUGGUUCCCUUCGAGCCGGUUUCUAGAUCUUAUCUCUUGCCAGCAGAGACAACACAGCCUUCCCUUUUAAGAGAAUGAUUUCGUCGCCUCAGCUGGAGAUGAUGCGCUCGCCUGACAUCAUCUUGCCCUUUCUUCCAGAUCAGGAAUGAAAGUUCCAUGCUGCUCAUAAAGAGAAUAUGAUUUGUAUGGAUUGUCUUGGUUAUUAGCAUUGUAAUGACUCUCAUAAUCCUCAUUUUGGUAUUUUAGUUGGGAUUUUAAAUGCCCAUGGUGUUCCAGGUAUCUUUGUGUUUUCUCUUGACUAUUUAAGUUUAUUUUGUUCUAUCUGUGAGUAUCUGAGUAGACAGGCGGGACAUCCCGAUGUCCGGUUUUGUCAGACCAAAAAAAAGAAAAGAAAAGAAAAUGAUCCAGGAAUUAGGAAAAGGCUCUCGAGAAAGAUACACCACAAAACAAGGUUUGAAGAAGAAUCAGGGCCUUUAUCUCUUCACAGGCCAAAAGGCCACGUUGGGCUCUGGCGACACGGGCCCCAUCCACACUGUGUUCUCCUAGGUGCUCAGUGGCCUGGGAGGAGACCUGAGAAGAUGGGCUCGGGGGUCCCUGGCUGAACCUUGAGCCGCGGGUCCGUCCCACGUUCCCUGCGCUUCUGCAAUCUGACAACUAGAUCCUGGGCCUGCCUGAAAUCUGCUAUUUACCUGUCCAGCAAAAAAAGUAAAAAACAAAAACCUCUGCCCAAGCUGACCCAGCUCCUUUCCCAAAUGCUGCCCCCCCUCCACCCCCGUGUCCCAUCAGCACAGCCGGAGUGUGGCGUGCGGCACGCAGCCUUCAGUGCGGAGACAACUUCCCCUCCUAGGAGCCCUUGAAGGUAAUGAGCUGAUGGAAGGUGCCAGGCAGGUGGUACCACUCUGCCUCCUCCUUCAGGCCCCCUUCCCCACCCCGACCCCAUCUUCUCAGCACAUGAUUCCAGGGACAAACUAUGGAGCCAAAAAAAAAAAAAAAAAAAAUUGGUGGAGGGAUAGUAGGAGGCUAGAGAAACACUGACCCAAGUCCAGCAGCUCCUUGGACACUCCGGCUGCUGCUCCCCCAAAAUUGAUGGCCCACAUGCUGCUCCCCAAACCUAGAAACUACAGGGCCUGAGAUGAAGGAAGAUUUGGAAUGACUGGCUUCCCUGGAGUUAAUGAAGGGGACCUCAGGCAGUGGCCAGCCCACAUUAGCGCCCUCCCCAAGCACCCCAUCCCCAACCCCUCCUCAGCCUAAGCCCCAGAGCUGAGGGGUCAGAAGCCCUAGGGAAAGACCCCAGUGGGAGAAGCCAGCCUCUGCGUGUGCUCUCACCCCGUCCUCUGAGUCGCCCUGGCAAGUAGGAUGGAUAAAGGGCUGCCAGCCCCUAGGACCCAGCUCUCAAGUAGAGGGAUGCCAGUGGAGUCCUUGUUAGACCACAGAUAACCUAGAAGGCCACCUGCUCUGGAGUUAGCUCCGUCUUUCUUUACUGAAGAAACGUGGCUGAGGCUAAGAGGGAAGAAAGGAAGGUCCAGGAGAGUGUCGUAAGUGGAGCCUCAGAAACCACAGGUGGAUUGGCUUCUGCUCCGUGGGGUCUUGCGGACCCAUCUGGGUCUUUGCGGCCGUCUAGGUGCUUAGUGCCUAUUUGGUGAUGUUUUGGCCAUUUCUAAGGGAAGGGGUGAGCCAGCUGAUGGGUGGGAGGGUCUGAGGCUUGAUGCCAGUGAAUACUGUCAAGUGGAGCAUGUGGUUUGUGGGGUUCAGAGGGAAGGAAGGGUGGGGCCAAACGGACGGUUGUCUCCUGGACUGGAUUUGCGUUCUGGCCUUACUGGCGGUGGGUGGCCGGCAGGCUGUGGUGGCCAGCUGGCCUUGUCCUCCUCACCCUGGCAGGUUCAACCCGCCCAAACACCAGAUUGUUGGAUGGAAGGAAGGGAAGGUGAGAUGAGCCCAGCCGCUGACAGGCGGAUUUUCCCGUGACCAGAGCUUUGGAAUUGCAGACACUCAUUUUUGAACAAGCUUGUGCUGGAGGAUUUGGGUUGUGCGAGUGCGUGUGUGUGAGGGGAGCAGACUUUCUUGGAAACUGGAGGAAGGAGAUGAGGAGGCUUAAGGAACUAUUGCUGAUGGGCUGUGGUUGAUGAAACGAGGGGCGUCGACCGGCUGGCCCCGGCUUUCGGCCUGGGGACUCUGGUGCUGGGGGCAGGAUGGGAUGCGGGGAGGGCUCUUGCUGGCCUGAUGAGUAGCUGCUGGGACAGAACGCAGAGAGAAGAGGGAAACUAGGUGUCCUGGGGCAGCCGAGAGGCACUUGUCAACGCCAGCCCAAGCGACGCUGCCAUGAGCAUUCCGGCCCCUGGCCCCGUACGCGCUUCUCUCCCGGGCUUUGUCUUCUCUUUCCGGUGUGUCUUAGAGAUUUCAGGUGGGGGAGCCUCAGCAUGGAGCAGGCCAGAGCUGUCCUUACCAAAUUGGAAAGGAAAGUGCAAGUGUUCCUUUCUUUAGCCAAAGAACCCUUCUAGGAGACACCCCCACGUGCGGACAGAACGGCUUCCUUUCUGGGCAAUAAUGACUUCAUCAGUGAGUGAUGCCAUCCCAUUUGUCUUUCUCUUUCCCCUCUCUCCUGACUUGGCUUUUCGUUUUGUCUGGAGUUUUUGUUGUCGUUGCUUUUUUUUCUUUCAAAACUGAGCUCAUCUUGUGAGAGGAGUCGAGGUCAGUCGCCCUAAAUACUGCUGCUCUUGAGAAGCACAGCACGGAUCUGGGGGCUUAGCUCAUCUCAUGUUUCCCAGGAGAGUCAGACCUUCUGCCCAGAGGUGCUUUGGGGUUCACUUGCACACUGGCGCCGGGCUUGGGGUGUGGGUACAUUUCCGCUUUGAUGCCUUAGACUCACUUCUGGUCUCUGGACUCAGCCGAGAACAGGAGAUGGCGAAAUGACAUGUAAAUGCAAUCGAGACCUCUCAAAGGCCCUUGGUGCCCUCGCUCCCUGGAGUGAGCCAUCCUAGGAGAGGCCUCUCCCAUCGUUCUUGCAACUUCCAGGAGUCCGAGAGGGCCAGCUCCAAACCAGUUCCUCCCGCAAGACUCAGUGCGCGCUUACAGAGCAGUGACCCUCCCGAGGGCGCCCUUGCUCCGGGUACCUGAACCAGAAAGGAGCUUCGUGAUGCCCCAGCCUGACUCCCCCACGCCUCUGAGACACCCCCACCCCCAGACUCAGAGCCCUCGCCUCAGAGCCUUCUGUUGACCAUCUCUUUGUUAAAACUUGCAGUGUCCCUCGAGUCCUAGCCAACGUUUGUUCAGUGCUUUCAGCAGGUCAGGCUCAUACCUGGCCCUCUAUGAGCGUGACCUCAAGGAGCCCACAGGCACCCCAUUUGCAGCACCCCCCUUUACAGUUGAUGAGCAAGUUGACUGACCCUCUAAGAAAGUAGCCUGUGUUCAAGGAAAGAAAAUACAACAGUGAUCCGAAAUCCCCAAGUUCUAGUGAAAUUUUUUGUUAAUCAGACCCUUUCCUGAAAUAGGAUUUUGUUUCACUUAUUUAACCAUGCUCCCACUUCCAAUGUGCCAAACGUGUUUAUCCUGUUUUCACUCCGUCUUUGUAAUAAGCCCUGUGACAUCGGCAGUACUAGUCCCUUUACAGGUGAGGCGCCUGGCUCCGCAAGCUGGUAACCCGGGUCACACAGCUAGUAGGGGAGCCGGGCCUUGAACCCGGGUCUGCUCAGCUCCAGAACCGAGCUCGCAGACGCCAGCCUCGGCUGUCUCCUUGGCUGUUUGUGCGAAGAAAAGCCUCGAAGGAACGUCCCCCUGCACCACCCCCGCCCCGUGCGUGGAACCCAGCAGAAGGUCUGUGUGAAGGGGGCGUUUGCAUCAGAUCCAAGCAGCAGGAGCAGGAUUAGUUUGACUUUUAGAGAAAACUCUUAAGCGUGUUUCUUUUGGCUCUUCCUUUCCAGUGUACCAGCUAGCUUUCGUAGUGCUGCUACAACUAACUCUUGUAAGAGGGAGGGAAAAAAGUGUUCUUUUCUUCUUUAAAAAAAAAAUAAUUUUUUUCUUGCUUGUAGUUAAUUCUAUAAAGGCAAUACUAAAGGUAUAUAUUUUUUUCAAAAUGCUAUUUUUUACUGCACUGAGAAAUAUCAUGACACUUCUGGUCUCUGUCAUCAUCUACUCUUUCGGCUCUGGGUAGACCCAGGUGCGGGAUUCACACCAAAUUUGUAAAUAUUGUGUGUGGGUCUGGUGUCCAGGAACUGUUUUCUUUGUGUAAAAAAAAAACAAAAACAAAAACAAAAA